CUGAGCGAGCGAGCUCUCCCCUCAGAAAAUCCCUUCCCGCCUUUUCGGAAGGAGGCGGCCCCUAAUUCCUCCCCAAGGGGAGUUUUUUUUUUUUUGUGGGGUGGGGGAUAGAGGAGACCGAGCUAUGGCCGACGAAGAGCGGGCUGAACACGGCGGCAGCAGCCGGGGAGGAAAGCUCAGCCUCAAGCGCAAGAGGCGGCAGCCGCACCAGCAGCAGGAGGAGGAAGAAGAGGCGGAACGACGCCCCUCGGCCAUUCCUCGCCGAGCACCUACAUUUUCCAGCAGCUCUUGCUGGUUUGAAGAGCAAGGCUUAAGCGGUGCUGAAAUCGCGUGGAUGACAUUACUCAAGUCUGUGGAGCCACACCUGCAUCGCUUGAGUUUAGAAAAAGUAGUCAACCUUCCCAAGUUUCUUACAAAGAGCUCACAAACUACAAAUCCUCAGCCAGCCCCAGAAACAUUUGACAUUGGAAUGAAACAGUUUCAGUGGACUCCAUUUCCACGUCACCACACAAAUAAUUCAAGAAGUAAAAAGCCUCCUGAAAAUCAAGCUCUUAGUUUGAUAGAAAGAGGAAAUGAUGCAGAUGGGAGACUCAGUAUUAUUUCUCCUGUUCCCAAGCAAAACCCCAUUCCAGCUGGUAAAUAUACUGCUGAGGAAACAACAACUGGACACAACAAUCAUCUUUCCUCUAAGCUGGAAGGUAGAGAAAUGAUUGAAAUGUGCCUGCACUCAACCCAGCAGAAUUCACCAGGACAUUCAUCAAUAGCUGCACAGAGCCAGCCAAGAGUAUUUGUGUUUGAAAAGCUUUGGAAAGGGGGUACAACACAGAGUGAAGGAAAAAGCAGAAAGGAAAAUAAAAUACUAUCAAAUGAUGAUAAGCAAAGUGCUUUGUUGUGCCAGCCUAACAAUGCCACAUCAGUGUUACCUGUGCAGGAAUCUCCUGCUCUUUGUUUGAGUGUCGGCAACCAAGAAAAAACAGAGGACCACAGGGAGGAAAUAUUAGCUCUCAGCCAGUGUCCCAUGUGUCAGAUCCACUUUACUGGAAAGUGGUCAAAACUGGACAUUGAUGGUCAUCUUGCUAAAUGUUUGUCUGAAAGUGACGUAGAUGUAAUUUGGUAACAAAGAAGAUAGCAGAGAACAGCCAAUGGUUCUUAGUAGUCAAUAAAUUUGCAGCAAUUUACCACAGAUAAAAAAAAACUAAAGAAGGAGGUGGUUAAGUGCCAUGUCAUAUUUCAUUAUGUGUAUCCUGCUAUCGGGUCAGUACUGUAAAUGUCUGGGAACCUCAGUGAAGUCUGGAUGCACAUGACUUAUGUUUCUAGUAAAAGCACUACUGAAGUGUAUGUUCUCUAUGGGACAUAUUAUGAACCAUGACUGUACAGAGUUUAAAAUCUAAUAACAAAAUUAUCGGCUUCAGGGUGCUUAGGGGAUGAGGUUUGUUGAAAAUUAAAUAGUCAUCCAGCCACAAAGUUUUCAAUAAAAAGAUAGCUAGCAGUUUUCCUCCGCUGCAAUUUCUGUGUGUUUAUUCAGAUUGCUCACUAAUGCUUUUGUACGAUGUACUUCAUUAAGAUACUCAGUCAGUUUACUGUAUAGCUUCACAAAUACCUUAGCAAAUUCAGCACAAGUUCACCAAGACCUGGUACCUGAUACAAACUGAACCUGUUAUUACCUUUACAACAAGAAUAAUGCUGAUCUUAUCAGUAACAGGCCAGUAAGAAGUAUUUUAACAUUAAGUAACAGAGCCUAAAAUAGAAGAUCUGUUUUUGUCACGGUUUUCUUCAAAACAAUAAAUUCAGUAUAGCAUACAAAGGUAUAAAAUGUUGAAGUCCUUUUGGCACAUGGAACAUGUGGCAAAGCAAAUUAUAUGGGAAAUGUCUGCUUAGUGAAACAAUUAGUCUAAACUUUUUCAUUAAAGUCUUUAAUAGAUGUGCAAGAAUAUAAAUGAUCUUAGCUGUUUACGGGUUAGUAUACCAUCUUUUGCACAAAUAAAACUGGCCAAAGAUCUCAACUAGUUAAUUAUACAAAACUACAAGAACAUAUUUACUGUUUUACAAUCAUUAAAUUAGCUAGAGUGUUUUCAUUUACAUUUCAUUUACAUACUAAGACAAUUAUAUCAUUACCAGAUCCAUUUGCAAUAUAUUAGGAUUUUUUUUAAACCACACAUUUAAUUACAUCCUUCAUUUGUUCUUUAAUUUAUAAAACAAGUACUUUAUAUAAAAAAUUUCCCCUUCAUCAUGAACAGAACAUUAGUCAUACACUUGCACACAAGCAACUGACUUGUAACCAGCAACUUAUUUGGCAACACAGCAACAUUGUAAAUUGCCUUCAAUUGUAAAUAAAUCAAGGAUUUGUUUUUGUCUUGAGCAAGUGUGUGUACUCGCCCUACUCUAAUGUUCUGAUAUCACAGAAGUUCAGGGCAAAGAACCCUUCAUGUUUUGCCUAGCCCCCUUAGCCCCAGAACCAGACAGCAUCCGUAGGUCACAUCACCAUGCAAAACCAGCUGCUCAGUUGUAAAUCCAAGAUACAGAGACACAAAACAUUCAGGGAACACUGAGAAUCCAAGAUACAGAGACACAGACCAGUCAGGGUUCACCAAGGAGAAGAAGAAGAAAAAUGGCAUUCAAAUCUUUUGCAUGAUUCAAUUAAAAAGAAAUCAAGACUCUCUCUUAGCUAGGUGACUUGGUUAUCUAAACCCCAAGCAUUUGAGGAAAGUACAUCUAACUGAAUUACUUAGUGCUGGUUAGAACAUAUGUUGCUUAAUACAAAAAAGAUAGUUCGGAGAGCAACUUUCAACAACUCUGGAUGGGACUAAUAAAGUUGAAUUAUCACAGAUGUGCGUUAAUUCAGUGGUCAGGGUAAGGGACAUACAAAAUAUAGUCUUAACUGAUGGUUCUUUGAAAUAUUGUUCAAUACCAUGAUUUGGCAGUCUUAUCCUAGCACCUCAUGGACUUGAAUGCAACUGAGAUGUCAUGUUCAGCACCUAAUGUAAUGCUGUACCCUGAGAAACCUAUACAAUAAAAGUAAUGUGAAAACGGUU